AUGCGGAGAGCGGCUGUCCGUCCGACACCGUGUCUACGGAACCAGUUUAUCUGCUCAUCAUGUCGAAGAUUUGGGUAUGAUGGCCUCCGACAACCUGGAUUCCGACCAUUGCAUGCAUCUCCGAUCUUUCAGCUUCCUCGUCGGCGGGAGUUUUUCUCUUCGAAUCCUUCGCUGUUGAGUCAGACGGCCCAAAAAAGAGCCGAGCAAAAGGAGGAUGUGAGCCCUACAACCGUGGCAUUGCAGUCACAGAAACGGAAAACCGCUCGUACUCCUGGUACGAAGACGUCCCUUCGUCGUGUAGGGCUGGAGGCGCAAAGAUCAAAAGCAGGAAACCUACCAAGAUCUUCCGGGCGGGCCGAGGACGAGUCUGCGGCCCCGAAGCUGGUGACGGCCUAUGCCGUGGCCGAGCAGUUUGACCUGAGCAAAGUUGUCGACAUCUUGCGCAACAAGGGCUACGAACCGGAUCCAUUGGGCACAGGUCUUUUCCCACAAGUCGUCCACGUUCAAAUCCCUAUAUCGUCCAUUUAUCGCUCAACGAAUCCAUCUGCUAGAGAUCUUUCUUUCACCGAGGUCGGUGAUGUCUUUAUAUUCCCGUCUGGAACGCUGGUGACGUGGGCCUUGCCGGAAGGAUUCACAUCAUACUUUGCAACUCGCACACUCCUCCCAGCAGCGCUCAAUCCUCACCGGGAACCAAUUGAGACCGAAGACCUGGAUUACAUUGAGGAUCCUCAUCGAGAACACAGCCUGAUCCGUGGGGAGACCAUCAUCCUCGGCACGAAGAGGCCGGAUCACCCCGCACAAGACUAUGGCGACGAGCAGCCAGAGUCGCAGUAUCAAACCGUCGACACGGUGCUGACAAAGAUCGCUUUCUCCUCAGGUUUCGCGAGGAGCACAAAACUUGCCGUUCUCGAAACGAACCUAUCCACCUACCUUGCUUCCACAGCCGACAUUCCCACGCUACUCUCCAAAGGGUCGCGUCUUCCAUUCAAACUGUCCAGACGAUUCAUCCUGCGCAAGACCGGCCAGUUGCUCCUUCUCCGAGCUCAACUAAACCUCUACUCCGAACUCACGGACUCCCUCCCUGACCUGUUCUGGGAUUCGCGCCAUGACCUCAACCUGGAAAACUAUUACGACCAGGUCGGACGGGCGUUGGACGUCGGGAUCAGGAUCAAAGUGCUCAACGAGAAAAUGGACUAUGCAGCUGAGAUUGCGUCGGUGCUGAGAGAGCGGCUGAGCGAAAAGCAUGGGCUGUUUCUCGAGUGGACGAUCAUAGUUCUCAUUGCUGUCGAGGUCGGCUUCGAAGUGUUGCGACUGUGGAAAGAGGGUUUCUGGGAGUCGGUCUGGAACAAGAAUAAAAGGACCACCGAGGGUGACUCCAAGGAUAGGAUACUUGAUGAGACCUGA